AUGGAGACGAAAGUUGCAGAGCAGGCAGUGGGGGAGCAAGGCAGCAAGGACGAGCAACAGGGGAAGAAGAAGAUGAGGGUGAUGGUGGCCAUAGACGAGAGUGACUGGAGCUUCUACGCGCUCAAGUGGGCGCUUGACCAUCUUUUUGUGGGGCCCAAUGACAAGGCCGGUGUGGCGGCGACCCUGGAAGCACCUGCGGGGAGCCAAGAGAAUGUGAGCAUGGCCACUUUGGUCCACGUUAUGCCGCCGUUCUAUAACUACGUCCUCCCGGCUGGGCCCGGUGGGGCUGCAUAUUAUGUGACGCCGGCUCUGUUGGAAUCUGUGCGCAAGGCUCAAGAAGACGGUGCUGCCGAUGUAGUCUCCCGCGCUUUGGAGAUGUGCAAGGAUAAGAUGAUCAAAGCAGAAACCCUAAUUCUACGUGGAGAUCCGAAGGACAUGAUUUGCGAAGCCACUGAGCAGAGGCAUGUGGAUCUUCUGGUUGUAGGUAGCCGUGGCCUUGGCAUGGUCAAGAGAGCAUUCUUAGGAAGCGUGAGUAGCUACUGUGCACAUCAUGCAAAAUGCCCAGUUGUAAUUGUGAAGCCACCCAAGGAGUCUGGAAAGCACACCAAUAAAACCACACAAGAAGAAGAAGAAGAUAUCUCAGCCAAGCAAGUGUUGCAGACAACAAUAGUUGCAGAGCAGGCAGUGGUGCAAAGCGGGGACGACGAGCAACAGAGGAAGGAGGAGAAGAUGAGGGUGGUGGUGGCCAUAGACGGAAGUGAGGGGAGCUUCUAUGCGCUCAAGUGGGCCCUUGACCUUCUUCUUGUGGGGCCCAAGGACAACGCCGAUGAUGUGGCUACAAGCACAGGCACGGCGACCCUGGAAGCACCUCAUGCAGGGAGCCAUGAGAAUGUGAGCAUGGUGACUCUGGUUUAUGUUAUGCAGCCGUUCCAGAACUACGUCCUCUCUGCUGCUGUGUCUGGUGAAUUGCGCAAGGAACAAGAAGAAAGGGCCGCCGCUAUACUCGCCCACGCUUUGGAGAUUUGCAAGGAUAAGAAGAUCAAAGCAGAAACCCUAAUUCUAAGUGGAGAUCCGAAUGACAUGAUUUGUCAAGCCACAGAGCAGAUGCAUGUGGAUCUUUUGGUUGUAGGCAGCCGUGGCCUUGGCACGGUCAAGAGAACAUUCAUAGGAAGCGUGAGUGACUACUGCGCACAUCAUGCAAAAUGCCCAGUUGUAAUUGUGAAGCCACCCAAGGAGUCUGGAAAGCAGUAG